AUUGGCCUAGGCUUCCUCUUUUGCUGAGUUUGGCUCUCAGAGUAGAUACACAUAUCGUCUCUUGCCAACUGCGAGGUCUCAAGAACCUGAUGCAAGGCAGGAACGUCAUAAGUUCCUCUCUCUGAAAAGCCUCAAGUAAUGGUUGAUCCUUUGACAAUAGGCGCAGCGGGAUGGGGGAUAGCCAUGGCGGGGUGGAUCAUCUCGCCAUACGUCACCAGGCUUAUAGACGAAGUCUACUCCCACAUCAAACCUGACAAGAAAUCGGGGGAGAAUCUUCACAAACUGAAGACUCAGGUUAUCCCUCGACUGAAGCUUAUUCUGGAAGCUGCGGAUGGCACUCAACAUAAGGAGCUCUUCGAGGAACUGGUGAGUGGUCUCAAAUCUGCUUUCCGUGACACGGAAGACAUCCUGGAUGAACUGGAGUACAUUCGUCAAUACAAGCAGGCAAGACAGAGGAAACGUAAAUUGCCUGAGAGUGGCCCCUCAGACCAGAUAACUGGGCCUUUAAGGGAUAAGCUGGAUAAAAAUAUAAAAAAGAUACAACGACUCAUCGAUGAAGCACGUGAAACUCUUAAAAUCGAAAAUGAAACACGUAUAGCCAUUGAAGGGUCCAGCCUCACAAGUAAUAGUGGUAGUGCCGAAGGUGGACCAAAUGCUACUGCCGGGAAAGUAACUGGCAGAGAUGAUGUCCGUGACCGGAUAAUGUGCAAGCUUGAAGGUGAUUGCAAUCCAAGGCCAGGUGACAAAUGUUUCUCUGUAGUAGGCAUUUAUGGCCUUCCAGGAUAUGGGAAGACAACCCUUGCACAACAUGUUAGCGAGACAGCAGAAACGUCAGAAUACUUCAAACUUGUUAUGUGGAUUCGUGUUUCUGAGAAGUUCAAUGUGGAUAUCAUUUUGAAGGAGAUGUUUGAGCAAGCUUGGAAUGGAAAUGGACAAUGUCCUCAGCAUAAUAGCCCUGUUGUUCUGAAAAAAGAAUUGAAGAAGCUACUAAAAGAUAAGCGGUUCCUCUUGGUACUGGACGAUGUUUGGUGCAGCAAGAAUGUUAAUGAGCAGAAGAAGCUUCCAGAGUUACUUCCACCACUGAUUGCUGCACACAAUGGAAGCAAAAUCCUAGUGACAAGCCGACAUCAUGAUGCACUAUUGGAACUAGGUCCUCAGGUGAGAGUAAUUGAUAAUUAUGCAAUACCUGAGUUGGAGGAUGAAGUCUUCUUACAACUUCUCAUGCAUAAUGCAUUUGGCCAAAGAAUUAGAGAUGAUGAUGCAAGUUACAGACAGCUCUUAAAAUUUGGUUCUAAAAUUGCACAAAAGCUGAAGAAAUCACCUCUAUUGGCCAGUGUAGUGGGACAAAUGCUAUAUAAAAACCAUGAUGUUGAUCAUUGGGAAAGUAUUGCAGAACAGAAAAUCUUGGAUGAGUACAUGGGACCUCUUUGGUGGUGCUACCAGCAUCUUGAUGAGCAGGUCAAACGAUGCUUUGCUUACUGCAGUGUUUUUCCCAGGAGACGUCAUUUGUACCGUGACGAGCUAGUAAACUUGUGGGUUGCAGAAGGGUUUAUAAGUACCACCAAGGGAGGACGGGACAUGCAACGUGUUAGCCAGGAUUACUUUAAUGAAUUGUUAUCAAUCUCAUUUCUGCAACCAAGAAAGGAUAAUUUUGGCAAGGACUGUUUUCUUAUUCAUGAUCUGCUCCAUGAUUUAUCAGAGAUGGUUGCUGGAGGUGAGUGCUUCAAAAUUGGGAGUGUAUGGACACAAGCUCCUUCAAAUAUUCGCCACCUUUCUAUUGAGAGUUGUAAUGCAUUGAUGGUUACUGAAUAUAUUCUCAAACUGAAAAAUCUGCGUACCCUAAUUAUUUUUCAUGCUACAAAUGACGUGAGGGGGUAUGUCUUGAACAAGAUAUUUAUGGAGUUAACUAAGCUGCGGGUACUGAUCUUCCAAACCAAAAGAGCAGUCUUUCAUGAUCACUGCAUCUUGUUGUUCCCAACAUCUAUAAAUUAUUUGAAGCAUUUGCGCUAUCUUGGUUUUGUGAUCAAAUGGAUACCCAAGACAUGCUUGCCAGACACAAUAGCAGAGCGUUACCUUCUGCAUGUUGGCAAAUCUCACACCUCUCUGCUCUCACUCAACGGGAGAAAGAAGAACACGAGAGAGUUUUUGCGCUGCUGA